AUGGGCCGAGUAUUUCCGAGGCGUCCUCAACCGCCCCUCCCCCAUCUCCGACGCCGCCAUCACUCGUUUGCCGCAAGUGGAGACCAACGUGGAUCUCGACCUCCGCCAUCUCUCAAGGAAACCAUCAGGGCUGUGCAGCAGCUCUCCAGUGGGGAAGCACCCGGAUCGGGCGCGAUCCCCGCUGAGGUCUACAAGCACGGUGGUCCCAAACCGAUGGAUCACCUGAUUGCACUCCUCCAGGAGAUGUGGCGUCAAGGUGAUGCCCCGUUUGCAUCUAUACAGGCGAGAAGGGCACCGCCAAGUCCGCGACAAUCACCGCGGCAUCUCCCUGCCGAACAUCUUCGGGAAGAUUUUCGCUCGCAUCCUCCUCAACCGCCUGAAUAAUCAUCUAGAAGGAGGUCUCCUACCGGAAAGCCACUGCGGCUUCCACCGUCAUCGCGGGACCACGGAUAUGAUCUUCGCCAAACGUCAACUUCAGGAGAAGUGCCAGGAGAUGCGGACUCAACUGUACUCUACCUUCGUGAACCUGACGAAAGCCUUCGACACGGUGAAUCGUGCAGGACUGUGGAAGAUUAUGCAGAAAUUCGGCUGUCCGGAGCGAUUCAUUCAGAUGGUGCGCCAACUGCACGACGGUAUGAUGGCGCUAGUCACGGACAACGGAGCUGUCUCAGAGGCAUUCACGGUGACCAAGGGAGUGAAGCAGGGAUGCGUGCUGGCGCCUACUUCCUUCAGUCUUAUGUUCUCUGCCAUGCUGAUGGACGCCUACCUCGACGAAUGCCCCGGGAUCCACAUCGCCUACUGGACGGACGGUCACCUGUUGAAUCAGCGGCGGAUGCACUUACAAUCUCGCGUAUCCACAACUACCGUUCACGAACUUCUCUUCGCCGACAACUGCGCCCUGAACACCACCUCGGAAGAGGAGAUGCAAUGGAGCAUGGACCUGUUCUCCGCCGCCUGCGAGAACUUCGGUCUGGUCAUCAACACGCAGAAGACGGUGGUCAUGCAUCAACCGCCACCUGACACAGCCGCUUCCCCCAACGCGCCGUCGCCGCAAAUCAGCGUGAACGGAACCCGGCUGCAAGUGGUGGAGAACUUCCCGUACCUGGUCAGCACCCUCUCCCGUAGCACCAAAAUCGAUGACGAAGAGGCCCGCUGGAUUUCGAAUGCCAGUGAAGCCUUCGGUCGCCUCCAAAACACAGUUUGGAAUCGUCAUGAUCUCCAACUCAGCACGAAGCUGAAGAUGUACGUGGCCGUCAUCCUGCCGAUCCUGCUGUACGGAGCGGAGACUCGGACAGUGUACACGGGGCAGGCACGCCGUCUGAACCACUUCCACCUCAGCUGUCUUCGUCGCAUCCUGAGGCUCAGCUGGCAGGAUCGAAUCCUCGACACUGAUGUACUGGAACAAACGGGAAUCCUCAGCGUCUACACCAUACUGAGACAAAUGCAUAUGCGUUGGAGCGGCCACCUGGUGCGCAUGGACGACGAACGACUACCCAAACGACUCUUUUACGGAGACGUCGCCACGGGCUCUCGUCGCCAAGGAGGCCAAAUUCAUCGAUACAAGGACACUCUGAAGUCCUCUUUGAAGCGUCUAUAAAUUAACCCGACCACUUGGGAAGACAUCGAGCACAACUGAGCGACCUGGAGGAGGACAGUGAAGACAGGCGCUGCGAUCAAUGAGGCCAACCGCAUCGCCGCUGCUAAAGUGAAACGCGAAGCGCGCAAAUCAUAGAUGUGCCCAGUCCGCAACGCUGACGCACAACCACUUCCAACGUGUUCUCAAUGUCAACGGACAUUCCAGGCACGAAUUGGACUUAUUGGACACUUUCGGACCAACUCCACCUCUCGGAACGCCUAAACAGCCGUCCCUCCGCCUGCGUCUCCCUCGUCCUCUCUGCCGCCACCUAACUCUGACUACUCUUCUGUACCACCACUUCCAUCCUCCUCCUCCUCCUCCUCCCAUCCUUUCUCCUCUUCCUCAUCCUCCUCCCCCUCUUCCUCCUCCACUGCCCUCACGACGGCCGCUCUGGCGUCUGUCGCGCACAACAACACAACACACGCCCCUGACACAACAACAGACAUCACCUCUGCAACUUCCGACUCCAGAAGUGAGGACCAGGACUACACCUGCCCUCACUGCGACCGCACCUUCCCCUCACACAUCGGCCUGGUCGGUCAAUUGCGAAUCCAUCGCACAGAGACUGGCGAACCAGUGCGUGAAGCACCAACCUACACCCACCGCACUCGCCUCCACUGA